AUGGCUUUAAGGAAGUUACAAGCGGAAAUUGACAAGACCCUCAAGGGUGUCUCUCAAGGUGUCGAGGCUUUUGAAUCAACAUUUGACAAGCUCAACCAUGCCACCAAUUCCGCCCAGAAGGACAAGCUGGAGAACGAUCUCAAGACGCAGAUCAAAAAGCUGCAACGGAUGAGAGAUCAGAUAAAGGCAUGGUUGGGAAGUUCUGAGAUUAAAGACAAGUCGGCCCUACUGGAUAACCGAAAGCUGAUAGAGACGCAAAUGGAACGGUUCAAAGCUCUCGAAAAGGAGAUGAAGAUGAAAGCUUUUUCGAAAGAAGGACUCAUCGCUCAAUCCAAACUCGACCCUGCGGAGAAGGCGAAGAGAGAUUUCAUCGAGUGGAUAGGAACAACCGUCGAUGAACUCUCACGACAGAUAGAAGCCACGGAGGCUGAGGUGGAAACUCUGCAAGCGACCAAAAAGAAGAAGUCUGGUGCCGACAGACUAGGGGAGUUAGAACAGCUUAACGAACGACGGCAAUGGCACAUUGGACGUUUGGAGGUGGUUCAGCGGAUGUUGGAGAAUGGACAAUUGACUGUAGAGCAAGUGGAACCAAUACAGGAGGAUGUUAAGUACUUUGUCGAGACUAACACGGAAGAAGAUUUCGAAUUCGACAAUGGUAUUUACGACGAGCUCAACCUGGUGGACGAAGAAGACUACUUACAAGACUUCAGUCAUCACGAUGAAAUGUCUAACCUCGAUUCCGCUUCCCUUCUCGAUCCAAGUGAUGCUCCUAAGACACCGGCGAAAGAGGAAAAGGACAAGAGAUCGGUCUCAGGUAGCAAACCCACCAGUCAAACGAUACCAGAGGAAGCUCCACCAAGUCCGAUAUUAACAAAACGGUCAGUAUCACGGAAGACCACACAAGAAUCGGCAAAAGCAGAGCCAGUCAAACUACCCCCUAAACCAGAGGUGCCGCCAGUACCUCCCAUACCGACAGCUGCCACAGCUCCUGCUCCUCGUGCCUCACUCCCUCCUAUUCGAUAUGCAGCAGCGGCCGCUGCCGCUGUGGCUCCUUCAAGCGCAUCAGCAUCCAUACCUAGCGUCCCUGCACCUGCGAACCCAUCCUCAGUAUCCAGCACCUCGACCGGACCUACACACGAGCCUGUCGCAAAGCUUCCCGAGCCUGCGGCUGUCCAACCGACGCAAAUACUGGAGCAGGAAAACGGUCCUGUUCCCACUACCGAGAGUCCAGCCGUCAGUUCCAUAGGCGUGCCCCCUACAGAGUCGCCAUCACUGACAAAUGGUUUACCACCACCUCCACCGGGACUCUCAACGUCUCUCUCACCGGUACCUCAACAACCGAACCCAUCACAUGUCGUUUCCUCAUCAUUCAAUGGACCCCAACCACCAAUCACUCCUGCGAUCUCUACUGCCUCAGGGGGCAACGUGUUUCCUCAACAAGCUCAGCAAGCCGGAUCAUCACGAACACCUUCAUCGUCGUAUGCCAGCGGUGCAAGUCCUUCUGCUCCUCAAGGCGUACUUGGCAAUCUGAUGCAGAGCUUUGACAUGGCAAAAGAGCUGUCACAACACCGUGCAAAUGACCUAAAUGAGCUUCACUCCGCAUUGGAUGCGAGCUUUGCGAAUGCUCCUCAUCCAUCAGAUGGAGAACCACCAAGAUAUUACCAUCCUCAAAAUCCCAUCCGGACACCGUCAUACUAUCCCCAAGCCCAGUUACCGAUAUUUGACGAUAAGACCCACGUCAGUCGGUUAGAUCAAGAUGUCUUGUUCUUUCUCUUCUAUUAUCAUCCUGGGACAUAUGAGCAAUGGUUGGCAGCUCAAGAACUCAAAUCCCAAUCAUGGCGAUUUCACAAACAAUAUCUCACUUGGUUCCAAAGAGCAUACAAUCCUCAAGCCAUCACAGAAGACUACGAGCAAGGUGGUUAUGUCUACUUUGACUGGGAGAACAGUUGGUGUCAGAGGAAGAAGAGUGAUUUCCGAUUCGAGUACCGAUGGUUGUCGGAUCAUUGA